UGUUGGGUUGGGAAAGAAGCACUUUAGGGGAGAGGGCGGGGGCAAGGGGAGGUGCCAGAGAGGGCGGUGGUGACCGCUGGGUCACUCUCUGUCCCUCUCUCAACCAGUCCCCAUCUCCACGUCUCACUCUCUUCCCUGUUCCACCUUCUCCCUCGGCUUCUGUCCCUUACUUCGAUUCUUUUUUUUCUCCAAGCAUCCUCCCUGCGCUCCCGCCCGCCUCUCCCUCGGACUCUGCUGGGCCUGAAGGGACCUUCUCCCGGACCAGCACGACCCAGCCUCGCAGCACAGCCGCCUCCCAGAGCCCGGCGCCGGUGAAGCCGAGGAGGCAGCAUGUGGAACACCACGCCGAGCGAGGAGCCGGGGUCCAACCUCACGCAGGAGGACCUGGACUGGGAGGAGUCCCGCGACAACGACUCGCUGGCCGACGAGGUGCUGCCGCUCUUCCCCGCGCCGCUGCUGGCCGGAGUCACCGCCACCUGCGUGGCGCUCUUCGUGGUGGGCAUCGCGGGCAACCUGCUCACCAUGGUGGUGGUAUCGCGCUCCCGUGAGCUGCGCACCACCACCAACCUCUACCUGUCCAGCAUGGCCUUCUCCGACCUGCUCAUCUUCCUCUGCAUGCCCCUCGACCUCGUCCGCCUCUGGCAGUACCGACCCUGGAACUUUGGAGACCUGCUGUGCAAACUCUUCCAGUUCGUCAGCGAGAGCUGCACCUAUGCCACGGUGCUCACCAUCACCGCGCUCAGCAUCGAGCGCUACUUCGCCAUCUGCUUUCCGCUGCGGGCCAAGGUGGUGGUCACCAAGGGCCGGGUGAAGUUGGUCAUCCUGAUCAUAUGGGCCGUGGCCUUCUGCAGCGCCGGCCCCAUCUUUGUGCUGGUUGGGGUGGAGCAUGAGAACGGCACCGACCCACGGGACACCAACGAGUGCCGCGCCACCGAGUUCGCGGUGCGCUCCGGGCUGCUCACGGUCAUGGUAUGGGUGUCCAGCAUCUUCUUCUUUCUGCCUGUCUUCUGCCUCACUGUGCUUUACAGCCUCAUCGGCAGGAAGCUGUGGCGCAGGGGGCGCGGCGACGCGGCAGUGGGCGCCUCGCUCAGGGACCAGAACCACAAGCAAACCGUGAAAAUGCUGGCUGUAGUGGUAUUUGCUUUCAUCCUCUGCUGGCUGCCCUUCCAUGUUGGUCGAUACUUAUUUUCCAAGUCCUUCGAGCCGGGCUCCCUGGAGAUUGCCCAGAUCAGCCAGUAUUGCAACUUGGUGUCCUUUGUCCUCUUCUACCUCAGCGCUGCCAUCAACCCCAUCCUGUACAACAUCAUGUCCAAGAAAUACCGAGUGGCAGUGUUCAGACUUCUGGGAUUCGAACCCUUCUCCCAGAGGAAGCUCUCCACUCUGAAGGAUGAAAGUUCUCGGGCCUGGACAGAAUCUAGUAUUAAUACAUGACCGAGCACGCUGCUGAGCAAAGUCAUCGCUUAUUAUUCUAAACCGGAAGCCAUGCACAGCAGAACCUGGGAGGAAGGUGAAGGUUAAUUUUGGAAUUAGGGGACACAUAGAUCUGGAAUCAGUUGAGAGGGAAGAAAAGAUAGGAUUUGCGGAGCGUGAGCAGUUUGAUUUGAUUGCACACUCAUCAGUGCUCUCAUACACUAUUUCUGCAUAUUCACUGCCUAUGAUUUUGCAUUCUGCUGUUGGCAAGGGCUUUGCAAUUUGGAGAGAGAUGCUGCAGAGUGGGCAGUUAGGGCACUUCUUUGUGGGUAAAUUCUAAAUAUGAUUUACUUUUUCAUAGGGACAAAAUUAUUGGGUUAAAAGAAUGACAUUAAAAUAAAAAUUUUAAAACAUGACUUAAAAAUCAACAAUUUUCAUUUAGCUCUAGAGCAGUGCUGUCCAAGAAAAGUGUAAUAUAAGCCAUAUAAGUAAUUGAUAUAAAAAUUAUUAAUGUUUACUCUUUUUUACUAAGCCUUUGAAAUCUGGUGUGUUUUCUUACAAACACAGCACAUCUCAAUGUGGGCAUUAAGUCUUAGUCAAUAAUAUUUGACAUAUUUAGAUAAAAUUCACAGAUGAAAAAGUAGAUUCAUAUACCCAUAUUGUCUAAAAUGCUUAAAAGUUUUCCAGUAAAUAAAAUGACUAUAUGUUUUUAAAUUUAAAUUAAUAUUUUAAAAUUCCAUUCCUUAGCCACAUUUCAAGCAUUCCAUAGCCAACUGUGGCUAGUAGCUACCCUAUUGGGCAGUGUAGCUCUAGAGUAUAUACAAAUUUAUUAUUUAAGCUUACAUGAAAAACUUUAAAAUAUAGACUCUUUCCCUGAAAUGUUUUAAUGAUGAAAUUCACAUAGUAAAGUGUUAGAGAAAGGAUUCGUAAAAAUGAUACCUAAAUGUUCUAUUCAUCAUGCUGGUAAAAACUGGAUAUGAAAUAUAAGGUAUAUUUUAAGUUGAACUGCCUAUAUUAAUAUUUAGGAAGUGAACUGUUAAUAAAAAUUGUAGGUAAUCACAAACUGCCUUAUUGGCCUAACAGAAAUACUUAAGCCAACUACUAAAAAAAAAUAAGGGAACUAAAAAAAAAAUAACCUGGGUAUAAUUCAUAACUUACUUCAGAAAGCUUCCUGGACUUAACAAAGAAAGAAAUUUUUUUAAUUGGUGAAGGCAUUUGCAUGUGAAAAAUUCAGACUUCCUUAAAUGCUACCAUUUAUUGAUGCUCAAAACUUUUCAAAAUCUUUUAGCCAUUUAUUUCAAAAUGCCUCUGCCUUUUCCUCUCUCCAAAUUAGUUUGGCUGUUAACACCCCACUGCUUAUCUGAUAGAUAUGUUUACAAGGAUUUCCAGUCUCCCUCUUAGUCAUGAUUAGGAAUGAUUAGACACCUUCAGCUAAAUAUUGUAUAUUUUGGUUAUAAAUCUCAAAUUUUCAUUUAUAUUGACAUUGCUGUCUGUAGUGUCAACUCCUUACAUAUUUAAAAAAAAAAAAAAACAUUUCCAUGGGUGGAUACCAACUCAUAGCAACCCUAUAGGAUAGAGCAGAGCUGUCCCAUAGGGUUUCCAAAGAGCAGUUGGUAGAUUCGAACUGCUGACCUUUUGGUUCAUAUUAAAUACUUUAUUCCAAAAAUGAUUUCUUUUUAAUCCUGUACACUACUAUGUCAUAUAAGCAGUUUCUACUUGAUGUUUUUGGUUCAAUUAUGGAGCUGAUUAAGGAAAAUUACCACAAAAUUACCAAAUUUUCCCCACCAAAGGGAAAGAGUAUUGAGCUGAAAUAAUCAAUUGACACAAUCCUAAUUCUCUCUAGAGAAAUCUCUCUGAAAUCCAUCUGACACUAAAACUUCACCAUUAAUUUUGUCUAAAUGCUGAACUUUAGCAAAUUGAUUAUUCAGUUAAUUCUUGUCACAUCACACCAGUAUUUUCAAAAAGUACGCUGACUCAUUGAAGCCUGUAGGAUAGUAAUUAGGACAUUCAGCACUGAUGUCCUAAAUAGCGAUCAGCAAAUCUCAAAGAAGUAAUUCAGCAUUCUAAAGUCUUAGAAUUUUGUCUGCAAAUGUAUCUAAUUGAAGAGGAAACAAGCUUAAAAAGCUUGACCUCCACCACACAAUUGAUUGCUUUGGAUAAAAACAAAUCUAACUUCUAAUUAGUUGCUUAGCCUAUUCAGUGGUGGUCUCUCACGAGUUCAUGCCCAUAAAAAAACCAAACCAAACCCACUGCCAUCAAGUCGAUUUCAUGCCCAUA